AAAGUUUCUAAAUAAAUGUUGACGUGUGAUAGAAUCAACCAAUCAGAAUCAUAGUCCAUGGCGUUUAUGUUUACAUUGUUUUCAAUCGUGCACAUUGUGUUGCGUAUCGUGUCAAGGCGGAAGAAUAACUUCACGGUAGUAAAAUGGGGUGCCUGCUCAAUAAGUCUAGAAGAAGUGAUUAUAAAGUUUCGAAAGAGGAUUCGUUUAUAAAAAGAAAACAGUAUUCAUGGGAUAAGAGGCAGAUAAUAGACCUGAAAGAUUACACAGUUGAAAAUGUAGAAAAUGAAGAAGUGUGGCGAAUGCCAGGGACAAUUCAGGGACAACAGUUUGUUAUCCAGAACUGCAAAAAUACCAGGAUGUUUAUUUUUGAUCAUCUGAACUCUGUUAAUAUUGACGAGUGUACAAAUUGCCAAAUAGUGCUGGGAGCCGUUAAAGGAAGCGUGUUUCUGCGCAACUGCACAAACUGUGUGUGUUUGGUGGCUUGCGGCCAGUUCAGGACUAGAGACUGCAGGAAGAUGAACAUCUUCCUGUCUUGUGCGACUCAGCCAAUCAUUGAGUCCUCGACCAAUAUUCACUUUGGUUGUUACCAGCUUCACUACAGUGAACUAGAAGACCAUUUUCAAAAAGCUGGGUUGAGCUGCUUCAACAACAACUGGAGUGACAUACAUGACUUCACGCCGAUGAGAGGAGAGACUAACUGGUGUCUCUUGCCGGACACCAUCCAUAUUGAAGACUGCGUGCCUCUUCCGUCCUGCGACGAACCUCGCAAAGUGAACAUGUCACUUUCGUGUGACAAGAGUGUGAUACCAUUCACAUGGGGCCUUCACAAGAGGCUUACAGGAGAGUCCUGUCUCGUGGCCUUUUUCUCCGAUGGGCAACAAGUUCAACGAGCCAGAGAAUUCAUCAGCUCCAUUAGGCAAGAACAUCCAGAAUGUUUGCUGCUGCUGAGCAAAGAAGUCCAGAUGCAGCAGGCCAAUGCCGAGAGAGCAUUUAAGACAAGUGCAUACAACAGAGUCCUGGAACGGGGACAAGUAAUAGGUCUUCACUACAAUGGUCCUAGUUGUUUACAAAAAUGUGAAAAGGUGGCAAAGAAAAUUGCAACGAGCACAGGGUUGCCUGGAUUGGUGUAUGUAAGUACCAACCCUAAAACUGCCCAGCAACAGGUGAAUGACUUCUUCAACUAUGGGGAUAUUCAGAUGACCAGUUAAUUUCCUCAUAGUAGAUUGAAGACCUGGAGCACCUUUAAAAGUAAUAAUGGUACAAAAUGACCACAAGAUAUGGUGCAGACACAGUAUAAAGCAGUGAUGCAGUGAUUUUAUAACACUGUAAGACAAUUGAGACCUCAUUGAUACAGUAAUUCAUAGCAAGCACAAAUAAUGAAUACUGAAAACAAGCAAUGGGAAGGGAAAAAAAAAAACACAUCUUUUAUAGAUUUUAUAAGUUAUUUUGUUUGUUAAUUACUGAAUUGAAAUCACUUUGAGAUUUGAUUAACAUAUUAGCUGUAUCAAAAUGACAAGUGUAUAGAGUUAUUUCAAAUGUCACAUUUAAUUUCUUUGCAAUAUUAUGCAAUCUUUGAGGAUAGCAAUAUUUCAAGAAGAGUUUUUGAAACUUAAAAGAACUUCAGAAAUUAAAAAAUAAAACAAAAUCAAGUAUUAAUCAUAAAAAUUAGGGGCUAGAAGGAUCUCAUAUCUUGGAAAAGAUGAUUCCUUUCAGAGCAUACAAUCAUAACACAUUUUGACAAGUUUGUGCAUCCUCAUUGGUAUUACAGGGUUUAUCAUCUCUAGCUCUGUACGUGCUACUAUAAAACUAACUCUCUUAUCUUUCAUCAUGUAUUUCUGUGAUGACAUGAAUAAAUAAAUUAAUGGAGUGUCAUUUGAGAUGAUGAAACAACAAUGGUGGAAUGAAUGAGUUGAGGAAAACAGGAGUACCCAGAGAAAUCCUCAUGCUCACAGAACCGUCCACAAUGUUUUCCCAUGAGCAAAAAAUAAAGAAUUGCCUUGGUGGGAGGCAAGUGAUGUAACCUCUUAACCACAACAAUCCCAACAUUUCGAACAAAACAAACAUGGCAGCUGAUGCAUAUAAUGGGUGUAAUUAAUAUUAUGUGUCAGAUUAUUUUAUAAGUAUGUGUAAUUUUUUUUUUAAUAUUUGAAUAAUAGGUAUACCACUGUUAUUGACGAUGUUGCAGAAGAAAUAACUGGUGCAAGAUUUAACUUAGCAGUAAUAUAAGUGGGAGACAAGAAAUAAUUUUCAACAAUAAUAAUCUCAAAAUAAUAUGUAAUAUUAAUUUGUAUAUGCUGUAAGCUUGGCAAAAAUGGUUAAUAUUGUAUGGGUAUUGGUAAUUCAAAAUUUUGCAUAGAAACAAAAUUUUACAGCAUGCUUCUUUUCAUAGAUAAAUAGGUUUUAUAUUUACACAGUAGUACCUUAUAUAAUUUAUUCACAGCAUACAUUUUAUGUCUCUGACUUAAGUUCAUUAUUUUUGUACGUUUAUUAUAAUUUACUCUUAUACUUAAUUUUGCAAUGAAUGUAUGCUAGUCAUAAUUAGGGAAUAUUUUUCAUGUUGUAUAGUAAAAGAAUUGCAUGUUUUUUUUAAAAAAGGUUCUGGAUUGAAAUAUUAUCAUGCAAUUUUACGAGAGAAAAAAAUAGUGAUUUUAACAAUCAGAAUUGACAGUAUGAGCUUGGGUGAACAGCAUUACAUUCUCAAUUCAAAAAUAUUAAUGACAUGUUUGAAGUAAACCAUAUUAAGUAUAAGACUGUUGUUUUAUUAAAGCAGAAUUACUAUUACAGUGUGGAAUAUCUAAUCAUGUAGGUGAUACCAUGACACAUGUGCUUUCUUAGACUAUAAAUAGGCUUUUGCUUUGAAAUUUGUGCCAGAAGCUUAUCAAAGAUAGUUAUUUAUUUUUUUAACAAAUAAUUUAAGUUAUAGGUUAGAGAUGCCUAUUUUCAGGAUAUUGUCAUUAGUAAGUUAUCACCAAGAAUUCCAUCAAUGUGCAGCUGUUGAUAAAUGCAUUUAUAUACUUAAGUGGUGAUUGAUAAAAUAGCAUCAAAAGUUAUAAAUGGAAGGAGUACGUAUUUAGAUUGAAAUAUAAAACACUUACAUAAGCAUAAUGCAUUUGUAUUUUUUAAACAACUAGCUUUUGUCUUGUACUAGAGAGACUACACAUCUUGUAUUAAUAUUUCUAGUCAUUAGAACUUAAGGUUAACUAUUGGCUGCAUUUGUCCUAAUCUCUAGUUAUGUGUUUAUCAAUAGGGCUUUUAACUGGCAGAUUUUGUAGAUGAAAUGAUGACAUUAAGAAAAUCCAUUUUUUGGUAUUGUAUCUUGCAAAACUCACCUAAUUACAAAAUUACUAUGUUAAAUACACUAGAGUCCCGUUAUAGCGAGGUGUCACGGUUCCGGGUUUGAUCCUCGCUAUAACCGUGUCCUCGCUAUAACCGAAUUGGACAAAUUUUGGCCUGCAAAAAAUAAAAAUUAACUGAAAAUAGCAUAAAAAUUGUGUUAAAACCUGUAUAAUUGGAAAAUAACAGGUUACAAUAACGAAAUCUUAAUUUCUGUGAGCAGAUGUGUGAAUUCUCUUUAAAACGAUACCCCAUAAGUACGGAUGCGAUCACCGAUUGCGUCAAAAUAACCAGAAUACCCUACCACGCCACGUAAGUAUAGCAUCUCAGCCCGCGGCCGACGCAGCAUUGUCCUGCUAUCUAUUGCCGACGCGGGCAGUCUGCUGGCGGCCAUGUUGGUUCGGGAUGUUACUAACAGGUGGUGCUAGUGUAGCGCGACGAUUUAAUUCCUUACAAAAUAGCAGGAGUGCGGCUGCGGCAACGCACGUACGCCUCAAACGAAAUAGUCGCUGGAAAACUAUACUUUUUCAUUUAAAGAAACCUGUCCACUUUUUUAGAAAAUAAAUUUGGGAUUAAACUCAAACCAUCACCACCCCUUUCCCGGACAAAUACCCCAACAACUGACCGAAACAAAAGUUACAAGAAAACUGUCCUAGCGAUUCGGAAAUAAAUACGGUAGUGCCUACUAGAGGUGUAAAAGUAACGAAAAAAUGUGUACCCGUAUGUAUUCGUUACUAUAACUAUUAGUACUCGUUACUAUCGUUACGUUACUCGUUACUUCUGAUACCACACAAUUUGCUGUUAUGUUGCAGCAACGAAUCCGGUCGUAUUGCGUACGCGUACAGUAUGACGUUGCGUAAAUAAUAAUAAAUAGAAUAUAAACAAUAGUUUUUGUUAACCAAGAAACAGUUAAAUCUCAUUAGAGCGGCUUUUUAAUAUUAUCUCUUUUAAGAUAACAAAAAAAAAAAACGUGAAAAUAUAUGCGAUUAUAAAAACAAAAACAUACAUAUUUCUAAUUUGUAAAAAAUACUUUCUUAUGUUGUUUCUGUUCCAAUAUCAAACUUUGUCUACACAAGGUACAGAUAACUAACGGAAGUUUGAUAAAAUAAAGAAAGGACGGGAUUCUAUUUUUAAAGCCACGCACUUAGGUGGCGAUGGCACGGCUGAAGAAUGUGACAGGCGUCAACGGCAAGAUGUCUAGUGGCGAGCGAGAGGGGUGGAGAUAAAGCAGACAAAUAAUAAAAGCGCGCUUCAAGCUCUCACGCCGUAAAUUCCUCAAAAAUACCUCGUUAUAGCCGUGUUCUCGCUAUUACCGUGCUCGCUAUAACGAGAUUCUACUGUAUAAUAUAAGUUAGGUGAGCCAACCAAUAUAAAUAUUAUAUUUUGAUUUUGGCCAAGAUAUUGGCCUUAUGCAGUUAACGAUCAUUUCAACAAUAACCAUUAGUUUUGAAAUCAUGUAUUUUUUUUUUUAAGUUGCAUUUAAGGAAUUUGAGUGGAGUAUUUAUUAAAAUGAGAUUUAAAUAUUUUUGAAGUGUUGUGAAUGUGAGUGCAAACAGGGGAUGACUAAAUCCAAAUAAGUUUGGAAAAUUUUAAUUGACCAAUAAUUCGAACACAGCUUCAUUGUUUGUGCAUGGCCAUAACCUGUAAUUAAUAUUAAUUACAUUUUGUGUGUGCAAUUUUGAUCAUUUUAGUUUAUGUACUUCACUUAAUUGCUACUUUAAUAGGUGGUUUACUGUGUCAAUACCAACUCAUGUAAUGCACAUGCAUUUAGUGGUGGAAUUAGAAUCGGGAGGGAUACUUGUGUACAGAAAUUGUUUUUAGCAAUUUUUCUCCUUGAAAUACAUAAUUUAACCAGAAAACAUGAAGGGAACAUUUCCCCUUCCUUGUUUUAUAUAUUUAUUCACCACUGUACUACAUGUCAUUGCAUUCUUAGAGAAAUAUUUGUUCAUUGCAACUGGAGAUGUAUUGUUCCUUCAAGUUUAUGAAAUAAGGUUGAAAGCUGUAUAAUUUAAUAUUGUACAUGUGAUGAAACAUUGUGUGAUUUGAUGUACACCAGUAUAUAGCAAUGUAAUUUGCCACUGUUUACACAAUAUUAAAUUUACAAAUUUUGCACACA